AUGCGUGUUAAGUAUUCCGUCGAAAUGCAUGUGAAUAGUCAGUUGUUUUUACUAUCGAUUUUCGGAACUUGCGUCUUCGGAAAGAAUAUUUUGAUCAUCAAUCCAAUUUUUGGGUUCAGCCAUGUCAAGUUUAUGACGCAGAUGGCUAAUGUUAUAGCUGAUCAUGGACAUAAUGUGACUCUUUUUCAACCAUUUCAUAUUCCACUGAAGAACAUGGAUGGUUUAGUCAAAAACAAGAACAUUGAGAUUCUAAAUUACUACCCAGACCAUUAUGAUGAGCUUUUGAACACGGAAUCUCCGACUUUCCCCAUGUUUUGGGAUUCUCAUCUCAUAAAUAAUCCAGUUUUACAAUCUUUUAUGAUGCCAAGAAUGAUAGUCAAGGAGUUUCAAAGAACAGAUGAACAAAUUUUAUUGGAUACGAAACUUCACGAGACGUUGAAAAACAAAAAGUUCGACGUUGCCAUUGCAGAAACGUUUGGGAUAUCUGGAUUCUAUUUGGCCCACUUUCUAGAUCUUCCGUGUAUCCCUGUCAUGUCAGCAGUUCGCUUUCAAGUAUUCAACGAACUUUUUGGACAACUAUCUAGCACUGGAUAUAUCCCACAAAUCGGAUCAAAAAGAGCUCCAGAAGCUGGCUUCUUGGAUAGACUCAAUGAUGUGUACAUGAAGUUCUUCGACAAAAUAACAGUUGAGAAGAUGGGUCAAUUGCAGAACGACAAUUUUGAGAAAGCAUUGGGAAAGCCACUACCUAAUUGGAAAGAUCUUAUUUCGGAAUCGCCAGUGUACAUCACUAACUCAAACCCAUAUUUGGACUUUGCAGUUCCCACUACUGCCACAAUUGUCCAUGCCGGCGGAAUCACUAUUGACUUGAAGAAAUUAAAAAAUGUUGGACCACUCCCGGAAGAAUAUGAACAAAUACUACAGGAGAGAGACUCAACAGUCCUAAUUUCUUUUGGAUCCGUGAUUCGUUCAUUCCAAAUGCCGGAUAACUUCAAAGCUGGAAUCAUUCAAAUGUUUGAGUCACUUCCUGAUGUCACUUUCAUCUGGAAAUACGAGAAAGAUGACGUGGAGUUCCAGAAGAGACUCCCCAAGAAUGUCCAUUUGAAGAAGUGGGUUCCCCAGCCUGCCCUUCUUGCUGACAAACGACUAAAAGUGUUUGUGACUCACGGUGGUUUGGGAAGCACCAUGGAGGUUGCGUACACGGGUAAACCUGCAUUAAUGGUUCCAAUCUUUGGAGACCAGCCACAAAACGCCUACAUGCUUGAACGACACGGAGGAGCUAUUGCAUAUGACAAAUUUGAUCUUCAAGAUGGUGAUAAGUUGACGAAAAUCAUGAAGGACAUGGUAACAAAUCCGAAAUACAAUGUAAAUGCUCAUGCUCUGCUGGAAGUUUUGUCUAAUCAACCAAUUGAUCCAAAGAUGAAUUUGAUGAAACAUCUAGACUUUGCAAUUAAAUUCCCGAAAUUGCGAUCCCAAGUACCUGCCAUCAGCCAUGUCGGAAUCAUUGCUCAUUACUAUUUGGAUGUUUUUGCUUUCCUCACUUCUGUUGCAGUUGUUUUAGCAUAUUGCACUUUCAAAUUACUUCGUAAAAUCCCAGUCAGAUUAGCGGCAAAAAAAACUAAAAAUGAUUAA